AUGGAUGUUAAUCGAGAUAAUUUUUAUGAUGUUUUACCAGAAAUUUUAAAAGAUAUAAAUGAUGCUGAUUAUGUAGCAAUGGAUGGUGAAUUUACAGGAAUAUUACCAUUUGAUAAAAUGAAUUAUUUUGAUACACCAACUGAACGAUACAAACGCCAUUAUGAUUGCGAUAGACAUUAUCUAAUGAUCCAAGUUGGUCUUGCAAUGGUUCGAUGUCUAAAUCCAGAAGAAAAUCGAUAUUCAUUGAAAGCUUAUAAUUUUUAUUUAUUUCCUGAAAAUGAAUUUGAUGCAUUUGAUUUUCGCUCUAAAAGUUCAUCAUUACAAUUUUUAGCCGCUAAUCGUUUUGAUUUCGCUCAAUUAUUUCUCAAAGGAAUUCCUUUUGUAUGUAAAACAACAUAUUUAGAUAAAUUACGAAAUCCACAAUUAUCAUUAUCUCGUCGCAAUAAUCGUCAGAUGCCAAAUGGUAAUACAAAUGAAAAGAAACUUGAAGCAACAACAACAACGAAUUCACCAAAACAAUCUGAAGGAACUAAUAUAUCAGAUGCAGAAUUAUUAAGUAAAUCAAUGACAGGAUUUUCGGAAGUUAUGUGGAAAUUACAAGAAUCUGGAAAACCUGUGAUCGGACAUAAUCUUCACAUGGAUAUUCUACAUAUAAUUAAUCAAUUUUUCACACCAAUACCUUCUAAUUAUGAAGAUUAUAAAUCAAUAAUUAAAUCUUUAUUUCCAAAAUUAAUCGAUACAAAAACAAUUGCAUCGACAUCAAUCUUUCAAAAUAUUAUUUCCAAUACAGCACUAAAUGCUAUUUAUAAAACAAUUCGUGAACCAUCAUUUCCAGCAUGUCGUUUUGAAACGCCAAGUGAUUUCAGAUAUGCCUCAAGUGAACAUGAACAUACAGCUGGUUAUGAUGCAACUUGUACAGCUGUUAUUAUGACUAAAAUGAUGACAUAUAUUGCUGAACAAACAAAAUUUAUAGGCAAUCCAAUAGAACAUGUAAUAAUUAGUAAAUUUCUUGGAAAAUUAUUUUAUAUGCGUUCAUUUGAUCUUAAAUAUUCUGAUAUACUUAAUGAUGAUGAUUUGCCUGAUCGAUCAUGUGUUUUUUAUAUUACACAUCCUGACACAUGUACAACAGCAAAUAUACGAGAAUUUUUUUCUCAAUGGAAUCUUCUAUCAUAUGAUCGAGUUGAUUUAACAACACAUGUUAUUGGAAUAUCAUUAAAAAAAGAUACAGUUGACACAAGUAAAUCUUAA